AUGUUGCAGAUCAACAAGGUUCAGGGACAGAGGCAAGUGGGUUCCGGGCUGCACGUUACCCAUGUGUUCAGCAAGUUGCUGGACAAAUGGGGGGAUGUCAUGGCGAUUCAGUCUGUAGAGCCGAUGAUGGUCUUAGGGAAGGGGAAAAACAGCGCGAAAGAAAUUCGGAGUAUGCUGGAGUCGACCUGCAGGGCCUUCUUCGACCUGCAAGGAGUCUGGCUCCGUCCCGCCCCGGAUGCAGUCAUGACGACCCACUGUGCUCGAGUGGUAGAGAGCGCACCCGCACAGAACAGAUCUGAAGCGGUAGAGGGACAGAUAGACGUACCUGCCGCAAACCGGGACGCAAAUCCAAGAGUUGGGUUUAUUUCAUAUUCCCGCCGACCUGCACCGGGGGAUGCACUACUGAGUGGCCCGACAUCAAGGUCAGCCACUGCGGACGAGCGUGAUAGGUCUGGAGUUAGGCAGCUCAGGUUUGCUGAUCGGGUUAGGAGGCUGCGAGAACGCGAAGCACGGACGGAGACCGACUUGGCAAGUGUAGCAGAUGAAGGCGAGGAGGGUGUAGAAGAUCCACAGCUGCCAAGUCAGGUCGAACAGGCAGAGGAGCAGUGGAGGAAGGCGGCUGAUGAAAAGCGGAUGGGCGAAGCAGAAGCCAAGAGGAGACGGGCUGAAGAGAUGCAACGGCGCAGUGAUGGCGACACCGAUCCUACCGUCUCUUUCCCGGGAACUGGAGACAUACGUGAAGCAUGGGAGCGUGGGGCACGAGCCGCUGCAAGGGCACACGUGGGAGAGACAGGAGAGGAGCUCGCCAGCAAUGUGCGGCAGCAUAUCGAGGAGGAUAGGGGAUACGUGAAAGUUCGCUUGCCCAGCCUAAAGCGGAAGGCGGCUGAAGAGGCCCGGAGAGGGGACGUCGACGUGCCAGAGAAUUCGGGAGAGGCGAAAAAGAAGGAGGAGAGCAACGCGGGUGCUAAGGCUCAUAAGAUGGUGGAGGUAGAGGCGCACCAGAAUGCAGAGGAUGCGGCCCAUCGGUUCGUCGAUGCAGAGGCGGCACUUACGGCAGAGGACGGGGCGCCAAAGGAAGCAGAGUCUGCGGCGCAGCAGAAGGUGGGUGCAGAGGCGGUCAAGGGUGCGGAGGCAGUCGCGCAUAAAGAAGCGGGUGCAGCAGCAGAGCUGACGUCGGAGGCAGUCAAGCUGAUGGUAGUGGAGGCAGUGGCGCUGAAGGAAUCAGAGGCAAUGGCGAGCCAGAAGGAUGAGGCAGCGGCGCAGCAGAAUGAUGAGGCAGACGCACAUAAGGAAUCAGCGGCAGCAGCGCAGCAGAAGGAUGAGGGUGCGGCGCCCAGGAUGGUUGAGGCAGAGGCGCAGAAGGAAUCAGAGGCAGCGGCGCAGCAGAAGGAGGAGGGUGCGACGCCAAAGAUGGUUGAGGCGGAGGCGCAGAAGGCAUCAGAGGCAGCGGCGCUGCAGAAGGAGGAGGGUGCGGCGCCGAAGAUGGUUGAGGCAGAGGCGCAGAAGGCAUCAGAGGCAGCGGCGCUGCAGAAGGAGGAAGGUGCGGCGCCGAAGAUGGUUGAGGCAGAGGCGCAGAAGGCAUCAGAGGCAGCGGCGCUGCAGAAGGAGGAGGGUGCGGCGCCGAACAUGGUUGAGGCAGAGGCGCAGAAGGAAUCAGAGGCAGCGGCGAUGGAGAAGGAUAAGGCAGCGGCGCUGCAUAUGGAGGAGGCAGACGCACAUAAGGAAGGAGAGGCUCGGAAUAAGGCAGAAGCAGCGGCGCGGCAGAAGGCGGAGGCAGAGGAGCAGAAACAGGCUGCGGAAGAGGCACUACAACUGGCUCGGGCAGAAGCGCGGAAGAAGGCUGUUGUAGAGGUGCAGAAGAAGGCGGAGGGUGAGGCGCAGAAGAUGGCAGAGGCCGAGGAGCAGAAGCAGGCUGAGGCAGACGCACGUAGGAAGCCAGAUGGAGAGGACGGUUCAGAUGGGAAUAAAAUGGUACAGACAGAGGGACGGGAGACGGCGGGUGCUGAGGGGCACAUCAUCGCAGAGGAAGAGGGGCAGCAUAAUGAGGAGGCAGCGUCGCAGGUAUUCGCAUACCGAGAGACGCAGAGCAUGGCAGAGACAGGGCGUCAAAAUACUAUGGAGGAGGUUCGUGUCGUCCCGGAGGCUGGAGUGGGGCACUACGAGGGAGAUGCGCUGGAAACAGAAGAGGAGCAGAAUGAGGAGGAUACGGUACAUCCGGCAGUCCUGAUAUUUUUGGGAGGAAGUCCGACGCGGGGACCAGGAACCGGGGUAGAGGGGCCAUGGAGGGUGGCAGACGAUGGGGCGCCUAGGGAUACAGUGGAUCUCAACAGGCAGAGGCGGCCCACCCUUCACCAGAGAGCAGUGGAGAGGAAUCUCGGCCAAGGCGGGGUGGCAGAAGUGUUUUGGCAGGUAGAGUGGGUCGAGGCAGAGACGGCAAUACGGCGGAUGCUGCAUCGGACGAGUACAGUCCUGGUCAAACAAGGUGACAGGUUCGUCGAGGCCGAAAGCUGGGACAUAAGCCCGGUAGAGGUAACGCGUCGUCUGACGCUCUUAGCCCGAAUGGUGACGCAGACGUUCUGCAACUUGGCGGCCCGCAACAGCAGCAUCAGUCGCGACGUGGCCGAUCUGACCGUCCAUUACUGUCGCGACGCCCUGGCCAACCUGGAAGAAGUCCGCCAUGGAAACGAGGAACGGCGGCGCCAAGCUGAAACGGCGGCCAGGUUUCGCGAGGAGGUGGACACGAGACUCUCCAACUUGCAGGAGAGUAUCGUAAGGGUGAGUGAUCAGGUUCGCCAGUCGGGAGGGGGGAUGGCGGAGGGCACGUUAAAGGGGGUGGAAGAGAGGUUGAGAGAGGUUCUGAGAGAAGACUCUGAGCGGCGGAACAGGGAUAGACUGCAGGACGAGGAGCGGAGGCAGAAGGCCACGAGGAAGGAAGCAGACGCCGCAGAGAGACGGAAGAAGGAACAACAGCAGGAGGAAGCGCGUCGGCAGAAGGAGAUGAGAGAGGGAAUGAAGGAGAUGAAGGAGGCGAUGAUGAAGGAGAUGAAGGCAGAAAUGAAGGAGAUGAAGGAUGGGAUGGUAAACCAGAUUGUGGGGAGGUUGAGCGCGGUUUUGCGAGAAGAAUCCGAGCGGCAGAAGAAGGAGAGGCAAGUGGACGCGGAGCGGCGACAACAGCAGGACGCGAAGAGGAAACAAGUGGCGGACAACGAGGAGAGACACAAGAGGAAACAACUGGACGAGCAAUGGCGGAAGGAGGAGGAGGUGAAGAGGAAGGAUGUAGAGGCCACAGAGCGGCGGAGGAAGAACAAACAUCAGGAGGAAGAGCGACGACAGAAGGAGGUGGAGGCGGGAAUGAAGGAAGUGAUGGAGGCUGUGAAGGAGAUGAAGACGGGGAUUAAGGGGUGGAAGGAGGGGAUGCUAAGUGAGGUGGAAAAGCGGCUGUCAAUGGUUCUGAGAUUGGACGCAGAGCGGCGGCAAAAGGAGGAGCACGGUAGGAAGGCAACGGAGGGAGAUCGGCGACAGAAGGAGGAUGCGCAGAGGAAGGAGGCAGAGGAAGCAGAGCGGGUGGAGAGGGAGAAACAGCAAGAGAUGGCGCUCCUGCAGAAGGAGGAGGCGCAGCGGAAAGAUGCAGAGGAGGCCGAGAGGCAGGAGAGGGAGAAACAGCAGGAGAUGGCGCGCCUGCAGGAGGAGGAGAGGCAGAGGAAGGAGGCAGAGGAGGUAGAGCGGCGUCAGAGGGCGAAACAGCAGGAAUUGGACCGCCUGCAGAAGGAGGAGACGCAGAAGAAGGAGGCAGAGGAGGCCGAGCGGCAGCAGCGGGCGAAUCAGCAGGACAUGGAGCGUCUGCAGAUGGAGGAGGCGCAGAAGAAGGAGGCAGACGAGGCCGAGCGGCAGCAGCGGGCGAAACAGCAGGAGAUGGAGCGCCUGAAGAAGGAGGAAGCGCAUCAGAAGGAGGUAGAGGAGGCCGAGCGGCAGCAGAGGGCGAAACAGCAGGAGAUGGAGCGCCUGCAGAAGGAGGAAUCGCAUAAGAAGGAGGCAGAGGAGGCGGAGCGGCAGCAGAGGGCGAAACAGCAGGAGAUGGAGCGCCUGCAGAAGGAGGAAGCGCAGAAGGAGGCAGAGGAGGCGGAGCGGCAGCAGAGGGCGAAACAGCAGGAGAUGGAGCGCCUGCAGAAGGAGGAAGCACAGAAGAAGGAGGCAGAGGAGGCCGAGCGGCAGCAUAGGGCGAAACAGCAGGAGAUGGAGCGCCUGCAGAAGGAGGAAUCGCAUAAGAAGGAGGCAGAGGAGGCGGAGCGGCAGCAGAGGGCGAAACAGCAGGAGAUGGAGCGCCUGCAGAAGGAGGAAGCGCAGAAGGAGGCAGAGGAGGCGGAGCGGCAGCCGAGGGCGAAACAGCAGGAGAUGGAGCGCCUGCAGAAGGAGGAAGCGCAGAAGAAGGAGGCAGAGGAGGCCGAGCGGCAGCAUAGGGCGAAACAGCAGGAGAUGGAGCGCCUGCAGAAGGAGGAAGCGCAGAAGAAGGAGGCAAAAGAGGCCGAGCGGCAGCAGAGGGCGAAACAGCAGGAGAUGGAGCGCAUGCAGAAGGCGGAGCAGUGCCGAGCAGAGAAGAGGGCCAGACUUGCAUCCUACGCGGAACAGCAGCGGCAACUAGAGGCAAAGGCAAAGGCGAUGGCUGAAGAGUCGGAACGAUUGGCAAGGGAGAUGGAAGAGGAGGAUUUGACCAUGCAGGGGGAGGGGAUUUGGACAGGAGUCGAGGAGGAAAUAGCUGAGGGGCUGGGGAGUUUGCUGUUGAUUGAGAGCGGGGAGGCGAAUGUAGCAGAGGGCGUGGCUAGUGUUCCUGUACGGAAUGUAGAGGUGUCCAGGAGGCGGCCUAGACAAGAGGACAGGGAGCCGGAGGGUCAUGCGGCUAAGAGACGGCGUGCAGCUGGAAUACAGGAGUUGAUACCCAUAAUCCGAGGGGAAACGAAAGGGAUGAAGAUCGACAAGUGUGACAACAGGAAAAACGUCGUAGUGGACGACAAGGGUAAGACUUUGGGUGUCUUCCUGCCGUUCAGGGGCAGCGGGUUCUCUCAACGGGGCGAGGGAGCUUUGCAGAAGUGGACGUCUGAGCAGACCGUCGGCGGCCGGAAGCGGAACCUCGGCUCUCACAAAACGGUGUGGGAGAGGGCAUACACGGUCGCAGUCUGCUGGAAGUUCUACUUCCCGGAUAUUGACAUGCAGGCAUACGGCAUGAAUCCAAACCGUAUUAACAAGUGGCGGGAAGACCUCGACUUCACAACGUGGCUUCCAACAGGGGUGUGGAGCGUCAUCAACGAACUCCACCUGGACAAACCGGACGGAUUCUCACUCGUUCAAACCAACACGGCUCUUCGGCAGCAGCAGGGGGAUGGCUUUCAGGUAGCUGCCUGCGCUGGUGUCGGAAUAACUGCGUGGCAGAAGAUGGUGGGAGGCGUGGAGGGUGAAAACGGCUAUUCGACGGAAGAACACGCAAUCGGACUUGCCGCCACGUUGUCUGUAAUGUGGGCCGCAUCCACGAAUGUGGACCAGACCCAGUGGGAGACGGGCGCAACAACAGCUGCACGUGGAACUUCUACGGCCAUAGCAUCUUCUGCUGCUAGAUCGUCCACUGCUGCCACCGCCUCGUCGGCUGCCUCGUCAUCUUCUGCGGCCGAUGUGCCCUCUGCCGUCCACAAUGCCCUUGCGACGCUUGCAGCCUCGGCUGCUUGCGUUGCGGUUGAGGCGAUGAGGUCGGUAAACGAUCAGGAGCAUGACAAGGAAGCGUGGAUUCUGCCCCUGUCGGAUGCGCUGCUGAAAGCGCUUCCGGCAGAGUCGCGAGCGGCCGAGGAUGCGAAGCGGAUGACGAGGGUGGUGGCAAAGGUGGUCACCUCUUGGUGCCUAUGCAGCAUGGCAUCAAGAGGCCUUCGCCAGCACCAGGGCGUCUGGCUCGAAGUCCUGCAGAAGAAGUUGGGCGGCCGGGAUACCACAACAGGGGCGGAUAAGGAGAAGAAAACCAAGAAAUCGUCCGCGAAGGGGAACGCGACGAAGGAUGCGUCGACGAAGGAGAACACCGGCACUGGCGGCCAGGAGUGA